UAAGAUGCUCACUAAAAAAAGGUCCAAGGAAUAAUGCAAUCCCAACCCAAUAAUAUGCUUAGCAUUUUCAUGGUUUGUGGAGAAUCGACUAAAUAUAGGAAUAUAUUCCUGCAAAAUGCAAAUUGUCACUGUGCCUGAGUCAAAGAUACCAGUAACAAAUGGGCCCCCACCUAGGAAUCGGCCCAAUGGGCCGUAACGGAGAAAUGAUGGCUGGGCCCACAAUGACCACCUGAGACAGGAGAGUCAAUUAGAGUCAACGACACUGUCUCCCGAGCGGGUCAAAAUCCUUCCCAAAACCCGACUCGUGUCACUCUCUCCAUUAAUUAAUUGAUUAAUUAACUGCCUAAUGUGUCUAAUCAAUUAAAUUCGGGGAAUAAUUACGGUCUAAAACUAAAAGUAACCGUGAUUAAAAAAAUAACUAUGUUUUUCUCUUUCUUCUUACAAUUCAGCGCCGGGACGACCCGCAUCGGUUUCGGGUCGCGGGUUUCGCUUUCCGGAUACGCAAAAAAAUAUUAAUUAAUUAAUUAAUUAUUAGCCGUUAUUAGUAGAAGAAGAAGGAAACAAAACAACUUUACUCUCGGAGCUUAGCAGGCAGGGAGAGGGGGAGAGAAGAGAAUCAGCCAUGGCCGAGAGCGAAAGAUUGGACGCUGCCCAACCGCAGCAAAACGACGAGCCGAAACAGCCACGCGGCGACGAAGGAGACAAGGAUUUGGAUGGAGGCGGGGAGGAAUUGGAACCAGUCGUCGAUGAUGAAGGGGAAGGAGAAGAGGGUUAUUGUGGUGAUGGUGAUGAAGGUGGCGAGGACGAGGCUCGGCGCGGCGAGCUGAGUACUGCCGUUGCUGAGGUGGAAGAAGGCGCUGGUGCUGAGUCGUUGAGGUCUAGGCCGGGAAACCUAGGUGCGGCGGCGGCGGCAGUACCGGAAAAGGAUCAGUGUGUAGUGGAUGAUCUGGCAGGUUCCAGCGGGAAUCCAGCUUCGGAGGCGCGUACGGAAGCUGAAUUCAAGGAACAAGUGGGAUCGUCACAGCAAGAAGCUUUGGAGGAUGAUCCACCACAGGAUGCUAAAGCUGAGACUGAAAAUGGCCUUCAGUUGUCUGUUUGUCCAGCUCCUGCAUCAGAGCUGUCGCCAACUUCGGUUACCCAACCCGUGUCAGCUGGUCCAAGUCCAACAGUUCCUGAGCAGAGAAUGCCUUUGUCUAAGUGCACCAGUGGUCCUGUGCAAGAAGCAGAUCAACCAGAGCCCUCUGACAUUCGAAAGCUAGUUAUACCUGUUCCGAAAACGGCUACCCCUGAUGGUUACAACUGGCGAAAGUAUGGUCAGAAGCAAGUGAAGAGUCCUUAUGGUUCUCGGAGCUACUACAGAUGCACGCAUUCCGACUGUUUUGUUAAAAAGAUCGAGUGCACUGAUCAUUGUGGCCAUGUCAUUGAGAUUGUUAAUAAGGGAAUGCACAGUCAUGAUCCACCUCGGAAGAGCAAUUCCAAAAGGGUAAGUAGGAUUGCAUCAUUUGGUGGACGUACUUCAGAGGAUGUCAUUACACAACAUGCAAGUAGACUUAAAGAAUCGGAUCCAGCAAUGCCGUUAAAAGAACCUACAGAAGAAAAGGCCAUGAUCGCUCAUAGAAAACGUUUGAGCCCAAGUGGCUCUAGUGAGAAUGAUCCUCGUCAAAUUAAAGAGGAACAUGCCUGUGUAUCGGAACCCAAAAAAAGGAUGAAAAUGGAUGACCUGGAUUGCUCAGGGGCUCUCACCAAGACUGAGAAGAAACCUAAGUUUGUUGUGCAUGCUGCUUGCGAUGUUGGGAUCUCAGGUGAUGGAUAUAGAUGGAGAAAAUACGGACAGAAGAUGGUAAAGGGAAACAGUCAUCCCAGGAACUAUUACAGAUGCACAUCCGCUGGUUGCCCAGUCCGCAAGCACAUCGAGACAGCAGCCGACAACUCCAGCUCCGUCUUCAUAACAUACAAAGGCAUCCAUGAUCACGACAAGCCGGUCCCAAAGAAGCGUCAAGGCCCACCCAGCGCUCCUCGGAUCACCACCGCAGCUGCAGCAGCCUCCACCACGAACAACGUCGUGCAGCAGCAAAAUAAGAUAACCGAGCCCCCUCGUAAACCAGAAACUUCGCUAGCUGUUGUAGGUGACGACAGGAAGGACAAGGUGGUCGAAUCAACAGCUCGCACUCUCAUAAGCAUUGGCUUCGAAAUCAAGCCUUGUUAAGUAAGUAACUUAAAGAAUGGUGUUUAUCAUUCCUUCCUGUUCCAUUUGUUUUUGCUUUCCUUUUUUAGUCAAUGAGUGAUUGUUGAGUGUAGACAAUGAGAAGGAAGAAAGAAAAAGAAAUUGCUGUAUAUUAGUGUAGUACCGGUGGAUUACUGCCCCGUGAUUCGAUUGACUUGGGGGGAUAAUAUCAGUAUAGUAUUAGCCUUAACCUAUCCUGUAUCUAGUUCGUUUGACCAUUCUAGUAUCCUGUAUUAGUAGGAAGAAGAGAAAUAAACCCCAUCUUUCUUUUGUCUUUAAGGGACCCAUGGUCCAUAAUUUCUCAUGGUCUCUGUCUCUGAUUAGUAGUAAUCUGGGUAUGGGGAAAGCAUGGGUUUCCCAGCUUUUCUAUAGUUAUGAUUUUGACUUCACAAUCAAUGCUUAUCAGUUUCAACAUCUUGAAUCAUUGAAAAGUAGAGGGAGGGGGAAUGGUGUCCUACAAGCGUGUCUUUGUGUAGGGAAGUCCUGUUGCCCCUCCUAAGGGGAACAGUUGUGUUUUGUGUUGUGGCGUGGCCUACCCCUUUCUUAACCUUCACCUUCAGUCUAAAUCUUCAUCAUUUGGGUCAAUCAGUGCUUGAAAGUUUGAGCUGUCUGGCCUGCCUUAUCCCACCUAAUCCCUUGGAAGUGAAUCUUCAUACAAUAACUAGCAUACGAUAGUCGUAUCAGAACUAACGAUAAUGUGAACUCCUACUACAGAUAACCAACCUAUGGGGCCGAAGACUCGAAUCGAAAAAAAAAAACGACCAUCAAUUCAACUCGAGUGAUGAUGUUCCCUCCUAAGUUGGUGGCAAAGCUCUUAAUAAAACAAGUAGUGCCACCAGGUGCGAUAAACAAGAGCUAUUAGUGUUAUGCUAACAAGUUCGUAAAGCGAGGCUGCAUUGCAUGGUUAAUUAUUUGUGCUAAUACCCGUACGAUUUAUUAGCUCAAAAUAUAAUAUCAAGCUAGUA